AUGGAGGAGCUUUGUUACGGCUUCGAGCAGGAAGACCUGGCUUCUGAACUUCUCUCCUGGGCUGAGGAGGACCCCAGCGCUGGGCUGGACACCUUCCCGCCGGCCUGCUCGCCGGUGGGCCAGCCGGCGUGGCCGCGGCCCGGGUGGGAGGGGGGUGCUGAAGCGGACAGCUCCGGCCGCCUCCGCCAGCGCCUCGCCGCCAACGUCCGCGAGAGGAAGAGGAUGGUCAACAUCAACUCGGCCUUCGACCAGCUCCGGUGCCACGUACCCACCUUCCCUUACGAGAAGCGCCUGUCGAAAAUCGACACGCUCCGGCUGGCCAUCGCCUACAUCGCCCUGCUUGGCGAGAUCCUCCUCUCCGGGUGCGACCCCAGAUCCUACGUGGAGCGGUGCCUGAAGGGCGGUUUGCCAAGCCGAGAGCAGGCCACUUGGAAUACGAGCGAUCUGACAGCCCGCCUGUCUUGGAUAAAGUGGGAUUAAGCGGUACCCAAAAGAAAGAUAUUUAAAGCCAGCAUAUUGCAAAACCUGAUGACCUGACUGCUGGGUACCGGCUGUUAAAUUCUCAGUACUGCAAGGAAAAGCAUGGCACUUAGGACUUUAGUUAUUGUCACAGACCACUUUCUCGCUGCAUGUCCAGCAUCCAGCCUCUUUUGGUGUUAAUUCAUUGCUGUGUAGGGCCUUCUGUUUCUCUUUCUUCUAGUUUCUCACACACUGGUAGACUGCUCUUGCAUGAAAAUAACAAAAUAGAUUAAAAAUCAGUGUCAUUAAAAUCACAGCAACAACAAUUUCUCUUCCACUGGAUGGGAGCUAUGUCCAAAUCACAUUUCCAGCGCGUGGGAAAACCUACCCCUGAUCACGAGAAAACACUAAGCACCACCUGUUGCAACCUAUUGCUUGGCUUAAGAUGUCCAGGGACGUAAUUGUAAAAGUCACCAGUGAUUUAGAGCACAGAGGACAUGAAAGGCCCCAUUUUCAGGGCGUAAGAGACAUGUUUUUCUGUUUGUAUCUCCCUCCAAAAUUUCACAUGCCUUCCUCCCAAUGUGACAACUUCGGGAGGUCUGAGUCCAAGGCAUUUUGGU